AUGAACGAAAUUACAAUCCCAUGUUCUAAUUGUAAACAACCAAUUGCAGAAUCAAAACAUAUGCUCCAUGAAACAUAUUGUUUACGUAAUAAUAUAAAAUGUCUUAAAUGUGGUUAAUUUUAUGAUAAAAAUGAUCCAGAUAGUCAUGAAGAGGAAUACCACAAAAAAGAAAAAUGUUAAUAUUGUUAUUUAGAAUUUGAAGGUCACUUUCAAUAUUAUAUAAUUAGAUUUGAAAAAACAUAAAUGUAAUAAGAAACCAAAGUAAUGUAUUCAUUGUGAUCUUAAUUUUCCACCUGAUUAAUUAUAUUAGCAUGAAAAUCAAUGUGGUAGUAGAACAGAAAAAUGUGACAUUUGCAAUACUUAUAUUAUGAUAAGAGAGUACUAAACUCAUGUAAUGAAGUGUAAACCCAAACCAAAACCUGAACCUACUUAAGUUUAGAAUAAACCAACUUAUUAAGAAAUUUUUGAUAAACCUAAUUAUAACAAACCAUAAAUAGACGAUAGAAUUGAUCAAUAGAAGUUUAAUAGCAAAAAGGAAACAUCGCAAUAAGAUAUUUAUAGUAAAGGCUAAUAAAAAUAAUAAGUUCAGCAACCAUAAUAAUAAUAACAAUAAUAAACUAAACCUAUAGGAUCUGGAUAUAAAUUUGGAUAAGCAGCUGGAGAAGUUAAAUCUUAAUAUCAACUUAAAGAUGAAGAAAAAAAUAGAUAAAAAGAUAAUAUAAGACCACCAUCUUCUAAUAAUUAGACAGGUUCUAGAACUUAAAAGUAACCAAUAACUUAAGGAAUAUAAUCAAAAUAAUAAACUAGUUCAACAUAUAAUUAAAAAUAAUAGAAUAAAACUUAAAAAGAAGAGAAAACUCAAUUUGAUAAUUAAUAUGAAAAACAAUAGUAUGAAAGUAGAUAAUCCUAACAAUUUUAGCCAUAACCAUAAUAAAAGUAAGUACCAUCUGCUUAGAAAAGUUUAGAGAGUUAUAAAAAUUCAUAAAACAAUAAACCAUAGUCUUAAUCUUAAAAUAAUAAACCUGAUUUAAAAAGACCUGAUACAGCUAUAGUAAGAGAGAUAUAAAAAUAAAUAGAAUUGGAAGAAUAAUAUGGAAUUAGUUCAGAGGAGUACUUAGAAUAAUAAAUGUAUUAUAUGUCAUAAAAUGAUAAAUAAGAAAAGGCUCCAUAACAGAUUAAAAAUAAAGCACCUCCUCCUUAACCUGUGGUACCAAAAAGUGUUCCUUAGAAUUUUGAUAAUUCAGAAUUUGAUUUUGGUGAUAUUUCGGAGGAUGAUAAACUAAUUUAAUAAUAAAUAAUGGAAAGUUUAAAAUUUAAUUAGAAGAAACGUUGA